UACAUUUGCCAGAUAGAAAAUGAAGAAUGAACUUGGCUCAGAUAAAGGGGAAAAGGGGGGAAACAUCAUCAUUUGCCAUUUUUGUUAACACUAACUAGUAACUACUAAACUGAACUCGAGUAAGAAAUCAAAUACCCCCACCAAACUAGAAAGAAAAACCGCAACCACGCUAACAAUAUUCUCUUUCUCUUUCUCUCUCUCACACAUUUCAAUUCCAUAUUCUCCUUUUUGAAUGUACACAAGAAAAUGUAUAAGAAAUUCUCCCUUUGAACCAGUAACAUUUCUGCACAAUACACACUAGACCGACAAAGAAAACUUCUUCACUUCUGAAUAUUCAAUUCCAUUUAGGGUUUCCAAAAUCCAUUAAAAACCUCAGAAAAUUCCUUUUCUUCUUCUCAUGUUUCUUCGUUUUGGCUCCAACCCAUUUUCAUAACACAAAAGUUUCAGAUUUUGCGGUUUUCAGAAUAACAAUUAUGCUUGCUGCUGCUGCUUCUGCAUCUAAGCAUCUUCUUCAACGCGAUGUUAGACCCACCACUAUUUUUGCCUCUCACAGUGUAAGUGGAAAUCAUGUUCGGUUGCUCUUAACUGCUUCUGGCAUAAGCAGAAACUCAAUUCACAGAAGCAUAGGAAGCAAAAAUUUUGGUUUUGGAAACCAUCCGCAACAACACACAACAUGCCCAAGUUUGCUUUUCUCUGUAAAGGGGUUCCUCUCGGAUUCAUCACCUUCCUCUUCCUCGUCAAAUUCAUCUCCUUCACUACAUGGCAGAGUAACCAGGCCUUAUAUACUACAAACUAGUUCAACGGUAGAUGGAAGAGCAUUGUUCUCAACUUCAACUAAAAAUGAUGAUGCAGCUGCACCUAAGCAGAAUGAGAGUACCAGUAACAAAAAGAAUGUUUCCAGCAUUGUUAAGUCAGCUUCAGGGGAUCAAGUUGCUGAUAUGAAGAUCCUUCGGACGCUUGCCAGUUACCUGUGGAUGAAAGAGAAUCCUGAAUUUCGGUUUCGGGUUGUGGCUGCUUUGGGUUUCCUUGUUGGGGCUAAGGUUUUGAAUGUUCAAGUACCUUUCUUUUUCAAGCUGGCUGUUGAUUGGUUGACAACUGCCACAGGCAAUGCUGAUUCUCUUGCUUCUUUUACGGCUGCGAAUUCAACUGCAGUGGCUCUUUUUGCGACACCAGUGGCUGUGUUGGUUGGAUAUGGAAUUGCUCGUACCGGAGCUUCAGCGUUCAACGAAUUGCGGACUGCGGUAUUUUCUAAGGUAGCACUACGAACAAUUCGCCUAGUAUCUAGGAAGGUCUUCUCACAUUUGCAUGACCUUGACCUCCGGUAUCAUCUAAGCCGAGAAACUGGUGGCCUAAGUAGAAUAAUUGAUCGUGGAAGCCGUGCAAUAAAUUUCAUACUCUCGUCUAUGGUGUUUAAUGUAGUCCCCACUAUAUUAGAGAUAUCUAUGGUAUCAGGUAUAUUGGCCUACAAAUUUGGAGCUCCUUUUGCAUGGAUUACUUCUCUAUCGGUUGCUGCUUAUGUUAUGUUUACACUGACUAUCACACAGUGGAGGACUAAGUUCAGGAAAGCCAUGAAUAAGGCUGAUAAUGAUGCUAGUACAAAGGCUAUUGAUUCGCUGAUUAAUUAUGAGACUGUCAAAUAUUUCAAUAAUGAAGAUUAUGAAGCUGAUAAAUAUGAUGAGUACCUAAAGAAGUAUGAGGGUGCUGCUCUGAAAACACAACGCAGUCUUGCUUUGUUAAACUUCGGUCAAAAUAUUAUAUUUAGUACAGCUCUAUCAACAGCAAUGGUUCUGUGUUCCUAUGGGAUUAUGGACGGCAGGUUGACAGUUGGUGAUUUGGUUAUGGUCAAUGGCCUUCUCUUCCAACUGUCUCUUCCACUCAACUUCCUAGGUAGUGUUUAUCGCGAGACUAUACAGAGUCUAGUUGACAUGAAGUCCAUGUUUCAGUUACUUGAGGAAACAGCAGACAUUAAGGAUAAAGAAGAUGCAAAGCCUCUAAGAUUUGAUGGAGGAAGAAUCGAAUUUGACAAUGUACAUUUUAGUUACCUCACAGAAAGAAAGAUACUAGAUGGGGUAUCACUUGUUGUGCCAGCUGGUAAAAGCGUGGCAAUUGUCGGAACAAGCGGAAGUGGAAAAUCAACGAUUCUUAGAUUGAUAUUCAGGUUUUUUGAUCCUCAUUCUGGAAAUAUAAGGAUAGAUGGUCAAGAUAUUCAGCAGGUAACCCUUGAGAGUUUGCGGAAGCUCAUCGGUGUUGUUCCUCAAGACACUGUACUUUUCAAUGAUACCAUAUUUCAUAAUAUUCACUAUGGUCGACUUUCAGCUACAGAAGAAGAGGUCUACAAUGCUGCUCGGCAAGCGGCAAUUCAUGACACUAUCAUGAAUUUUCCUCAGAAAUAUUCGACUGUUGUGGGAGAGCGAGGGCUCAAGCUAAGUGGUGGCGAGAAGCAACGUGUUGCCCUAGCUCGUGCUUUCUUAAAAGCACCUGCGAUACUGUUGUGUGAUGAAGCUACAAGUGCUCUUGACAGCACAACAGAAGCAGAGAUUUUAAGUGCAUUGAAGUCGCUAUCGAAUAACCGAACUUCCAUAUUCAUUGCUCACAGGCUUACUACCGCAAUGCAGUGUGACGAGAUCAUAGUUUUGGAAAAUGGAAAGGUGAUUGAACAAGGACCCCAUGAAGUUCUCUUAUCAAAUGGAGGAAGAUAUGCACAGCUCUGGGGACAACAAAAUAACACAAUUGAUGCAAUCGAUACAGCUAUCAAACUUGGUGUUCAAACUUAAACAAAAUGAAGCUUCAGAAGGGAAAAGAAAAAUGUUAAUAGAGCUUAGAGCAUAUAUAUAUAUGCAUGUAAUUUAAUGACAAUUUUGAUGUUUACUAAUAGUUAGCCUGUUAAUAAACCCAAUUUAGCCUAGGGUAUUAUUACAUUCAGCUAGGCCAAAUAAAAUAUUGCACAUAAUAGAUUGUGGGGGUCAUUCAGAAAGUGAACAUCAAUUUUGAGUGUGGAUUUGAUUGCAUAAUGCAACAUUUACGCUAGGUUUUGAUGCUCAAAGGCAAUCUCAAAAGUUAAGAGUUUGUAUAAUUGAUAUUAAAUUUAAUUAA